CAGGAAACCAGCAGUGAUGGACAAAUGAAAGCAUGUAGACUAUUAAGAAACUCUUCUGGAUGAUUUUCUUCUCACAUACACAGUCUUCAUGACGACUGAUGACUUGUGCCAGGCACUUCUGAGGCACUAUUGUGCUAAGAACCAGCAGGGUAAAGAAGAAGACUCUGAUGUAUCCUGUAGGAAAAGAAAAGUCUUGCAUUUGGUGUCUCAAUGGACUUCUCUCUACAAAGACUGGUUACAUGAAGACGAGCAUUUAAAACAAUUUUUGAAGACAAUAUACAGGAAUGUGUUAGAUGAUGUGUAUGAAUAUCCCAUUCUUGAGAAGGAGCUGAAAGAAUUUCAAAAGAUACUUGGAAUGCAUCGUCGUCACACUGUGGAUGAAUAUUCACCUCACCGAAAGAAUAAAACCUUUUUCCACCAAUUCAGUCUGAAAGAGAACUGGUUGCAGCACAGAGGAACCAUGAAUGAAACAGAAGAAAUUUUCUGCCGUGUAUAURUAACAGAGCACUCCUACGUCAGUGUGAAAGCUCAAGUAUCCACUUCAGCUCAGGAGAUACUGAAGAUCGUAGCAGAAAAGAUCCAGUACAGCGAGGAGGAGCUGGCGCUGGUUAUCGUCACCUUCUCUGGUGAAAAGCAUGAACUACAACCAAAUGACCUGGCUAUCUCAAAAUCUUUCGAGUCAUCCAGUCGCAUGUUUGUCUACCGAAAAGAUCUGACUGAUUCCUUGAAUCCAUUUGCUGAAAACGAGGAAUUGCAGCAGAGACCUGUGAGAAUUUUGGGAAUCAACACCUGGGAUCUUGCCUUGGAGUUAACRAACUUUGACUGGAGUCUCUUCAAUGCAAUUCAUGAGCAAGAGCUGAUAUACUUCACCUUCAGCAGACAGGGCAGUGCUGAAAACACAGAGAAUCUCAGUCUUCUGCUUCAAAGAUGCAAUGAAGUCCAGCUGUGGGUUGCCACCGAGAUCCUCCUCUGCAGCCAGCUCUGCAAACGUGUACAGCUAGUGAAAAAGUUCAUCAAGAUUGCAGCUCACUGUAAAGCCCAGAGGAAUCUGAAUUCAUUCUUUGCCAUUGUCAUGGGCCUCAACACUGCAUCUGUCAGCCGGCUGUCUCAAACCUGGGAGAAAAUUCCAGGGAAGUUCAAGAAACUUUUCAGUGAGCUGGAGAGUUUAACAGACCCUUCUCUGAAUCACAAAGCCUACAGAGAUGCAUUCAAGAAAAUGAAAUCUCCGAAAAUUCCUUUCAUGCCCUUACUUCUGAAAGAUGUUACAUUCAUCCAUGAAGGAAAUAAAACUUUUCUGGAUAACCUUGUUAACUUCGAAAAGCUGCACAUGAUUGCAGAUACUGUUCGAUCAUUGAGACAUUGCAGAAAUAACCAGUUUGGCAAUGAAGUUCCUUCAAAAGAGCAUCAUGAGCUGAAGCCAUACGUCCAUCACCUGCAUGUCAUCGACAACCAGCAAGCUCUGUUUGAGCUCUCCCACCGGAUAGAGCCGCGAGUGUGAGCGUACGCAGCUUCAUAUAAUCUUGUAACUGCAGCACUUUGAAUCCAGUGAAUGUUUAUGCCAAGCAUGUUGCUUCCCUGUAUAUGGAGAGUUUACUGAGUUUUAUCAGUAGCUCACAUGGCACAGAGGAAAACGGAUCAGAGCAAGAAAAGGAGCUGUUCACRACACUGCAGGGUGAGCCUGGUGCCAUCUCCACUUGUCACCACAGCAGGAGGGAGCAGAGCAGCUGCCUUUGAGCUCGGGAGCUUAGCCUCUGUGAAAAUAUUGUUUGGUCCAGUGUAGCUUUCAGUGCAGAUUCUGGCAGUGUUAGAGCAAAAGGAAGCAUCAUGUCGCUACCGCAAAACAUUUCAGCAAGCAACAUGUCAUGAAGGGAUUUGUAGUUCACCACAGCACGUACCUCGCUAAUUCAAGGCUGCCAGAGUUUUAUUGCCAAAAACACUGUACAAUCCGUGCAGCUUUCCUGAGUCCAACAGAGCGUCUUAUUUGAGAAAAGAGUGGACAGCUACGACUGGGAAUUUAAAAGGCGGUGCGCCAUGUAAGACUCACUAAUGUGUCAUAAUUUGGAGGGCAGAAGCGAACAGUUCAUGCUGUUAUGGUCCCUUAAGAGUCUGCUUUAUAAAACACACUAUCAGAGCUAAUCUACUUUUGUUGCAGUUUAUGGACAGAAUUGWUUGUACACUAAAACUCUUUAUUUUCUCCCUUUUCUCAGUACUAGCUCCCRCAAUUUCCAUGCUGUAAAUCAUUAUAGCAGGAGCUGUUUUSGCCUCUCCCUUGUCUAUUCAGGGGYGAAGCCUAUAUCCCUAUGUACCUAAUAACAUCUUGGAAGUACUCUGUUUUAACUUGCACACACUUCUAGUUCUCAGAGAACAAGUGAGUGCAUCUUACAAGCUACCCAUGUAAUUACCCACCUACACACCAGGCUCUCAGCAUUACAGUCCCUUUAGUACCACUGUCUCUCUCCCACACCCUUUCCCUAGCUAGUUUUGAUGAAGCUAGAAGUAGUACUUACGGGCAUGUUCUGAGAGAGCAUUUCUGAAGUUGAACCUUGGAUACUCACCUCUAAGCACCCUGUCAUCUUAGCUGUGGUCUUCAGCGCUAGGGAGUUUACCCUGAAAUAUAGAUUAUUUUCAGAUACAGUUACACCAGUAAUAGUCACAAGUAUUUCUAGAUAUUGCCACAGGCAGCGUGCAGCGUGCUCCUCUGCUCUGUGCACCAACAUACAGAAAUAGUCCCCUUGUAGAGCAGGGAGGAUGCGAUGCCUCCCUUACCUGUGUCUGUUGUAUAUUUUCCACAUCAGGAAGAAUUCCAAGAAAAUGCUCCCUUACUGAAAUGUGGGCCCCCGGAAGUAGCAUGCUCUUUCAUCGUUGUGUGAACUCUGGUGUAGGGGGAUUUAAGAAAAGCAGCUUUAACAAAUAGUCUGUUGGGAAAUCUGUAGGAUGCAUUCAGUUUUCCCAUCUGUGAAAUAUUGUAUAGAACUAUUGUAAAGGAAACAAUUGUUUCAGAAAUGUAUUUGCUUGUACUUUGUUAUUAUCAAAUACUAUAUGUUUCUUUUCUUUUUUUUUUUUUUUAGAAAAAAAAAAUCUUCUUUUUACCCAGUAAAAAGAAAAACAAAUAAACUCUUGCUGGCCAUGGAGUAAAAAUUUCCUAUGUUCUUCUGUAGAUGUGACUGCACAUAUUGUAAAUAACUCCUUUUGUGCAAACAGACCAAAACUGUUCAGAUCAGGAUACUAGCUGGAGUGGGCUGCCUUUCGCAGUGUGAGAACACAACCCACAAACAGUGCUUGUUUCUUGUUUUGCUGCCGUGCUUCCUCUGGCUACAGCGCUCUCCAAAUCCACCCUGCAUUGCCGGGGCURUUUGCUGGUUCUUGAGCUCCCCCUUGUGAAAUUCUGUUUUUUUGCGGCACAACUUCUGGGAGCCUGAAUGUAAACCUGAUUGUGUGCUUUGGUUCAUAUGGAAUAACUUUAUUCCACAGAUUGUUCUGUUGAAAUCUGUGGAGAUAAGACCAUAGGAAGGUUUCCAGUGUGAGAAAGUGGGCUUGACUCAGUGCACUCAAGGGUUCCCUGCACUCUUGGUUCUGCAGUAGUUUUGSUAGUUAGGGCUAGUGCAACAGCCAGAAAGAAAAAAUAAAAUAAAGAAAUGAAUUAAGAGAGGAGGGGCAAAAAAGAAGAAAAGGAAAAAGACUCGAUGCUCAAGCUUUGGUUUGAAAGUCUGCUAAAGCCAGCUUGAAGGCACCUCACUCUGCCAGUUCUGAAGUACGUUGAUGGGCCAGUUGUGUUCCAGCAGGCUUCAAGCCAGAGCAGGUAUCAGCUCUCUGCACCACUGUAACUAAUACUAACCCAGGUAUUGUCUACUCAUUGCAACUCAUGUAAAGUCUGUUUGAAAGCACAAAGCCAACCUUAACUCUGCACUCGGUGUCCUGGCUGAUUGGACURUUUUUCAAAGCAUUACAAACCAGUUUUCAUAGUGGCCUUUGCUGUUUAGAUAAAACUUUCAGGUCUGAGGGGCCAACUUGGGUGUAUGGAUUUCACACUGAGAAUGUGGAUCUUUUAACUCCAUAAACUAUCUAGACAUUUAACUCUAUAAAAAUAAAGAAAAGCUGAAUUCAGUUCAUGUGCCUAACAAAUAAAGGCCUAUCAGUGUCUCCAUUUGACAGCUAAAGUAUUGCAGAGCUGGACUUCAGGCUGGCAAGCAGAUUGAAGAUGUGAUGUGUGAGAGGAAAGUCAGAACUAAAUCCUGUGAAAGGGAGGGGAAUGCUAUAAUGCCUCUCCCAUGUUCACAAUUGGCAAUACUGUGGUUUUUAAUCAUACUUACCUCCCCAGUAGCACAGUUAUGUUGCAUAAAAUCCAUGAAUCUCUUAAAUUCUGUCGGCCACAGUCACACCUGGGAUUAUAUUUUCUGCAUGUUUUCUUGAGUAGCUAGGAGGAGUAAUGAGACAAAACAAAGUAGAAAGCUGGGUCACUCUGUAGUGCUUUGAUGUGGGAUUUUUCUGCAUCAAAUUUAGAUGCUUCCAUGACACACAUCCUUUUGAUUCCAGCCCCAUCUCAAAUAGUACUAAAUUCCAUUUGCAUGACAGUGGCAA